AUGCCGGGACCCCGUUUUUGGACUAACAAUUCCUUCCUUUUACCCUCUCCUUGGGAUUCACAGUUGCCUCAGUUACCAAAUGGAGAAGGAACACCUUUUAACUUUUCUCUAGGGUACUCACUUGAUCCCGUCUGCAUUGGAGCGCCUCCAUAUCUUUCCCUUCACCCUCAGACUUGGAUUCAUACCAAGUCCCCAAUGCAUACCACUCCUGAUCACUGGCUAAAAGAUUUUUCUUUUACACGUUUUCUUUCUAUUGAUGUGACAUCCACUAACUUAACCUCUCUAGGUCAACCCCCUAUCCCUCGCUGUGAAUUUAUCUCUAUGAAAGAUUGGAAGUACUCGCCCAGGGAGUGGACUGAAUGCCGUUCCCCCCUAGGCAAACUAUCUCAUCGUAAGGAUUACGAGCUGAUAGACUGGGGACCUAGAGGCAAGUUCCUUCCUGAUUGUUCCGAUGAUCCAGAUUACACUAAAUGUCAUUUUCUCCCUGCAGCUAAGUGGUGUAUCACUUCUCCUUUUAGCUCUCCUCCAAGCUUUCAUAUCAAGACACACAAACUGCUAGAAUGGCACGAUGGGGGAUACGCCCCCCCUCAACCUCGAGCUACCCAUAAUGGAACACUCUAUCCGGAACAUACCGAUCUAUGGAAGGUGGCUGCAGCCUUAAGCCCUGGCCACUACUGGGAUGGAUACUUGCGUGGCUCUAAGCAACAAAAUUUUACUUAUUACAUUAAUUAUAACUCCUCUUUUUACAUACAGGCAUGUGUCAAGCAUCCUUAUGUGUUUGCUCGAGGCACUCUUUCUUUCGAUCCUAUUGAUAAAAAGGUUUCUUGUCGUGAUUGUGCAUUAUUUACCUGUCUCAAUUCUUCCCUCUCAAUCCAAGAUUCUCCCCACAGUAUAAUUUUAUUAAGGGCCAGAUCGCACAUAUGGCUACCAGUGAACCUGACCAGAGAAUGGCAACGCUCCCCUGCUGAAGGACUCCUGACUGAAGUUGUGAAACGACUGCUCCGACGUUCUCGACGAUUCCUUGGACUCCUGAUUGUGGCUAUCCUGGGACUCAUUGCUGUGACCACUACUGCUGCUGUUGCGGGAACAGCUCUUCAAACAUCAAUCCAGAUGCACGAUUUCGUCAAAACCUGGCAAAAUGACUCUCACCACCUCUGGAAAAUGCAGGCUACCAUCAACCACGAUGUCGAGCAAGGAUUGGACACUUUACAACAAGCAUUACUUUGGGUCCAGGGGCGGGUUGAUAUCUUAGAGCAACAAAUGAGACUGUUUUGUGACUGGAAUAGCUCUUCUUUCUGUGUUACCCCCCAUAGAUAUAAUGGGUCUGCUCAUACUUGGGACAAAAUCAGAUACCAUUUGCAAGAUCUGAAGGGAAAUAUGUCUUUAGAUACCCUCGCCCUUCAGGAUGAGAUUGUUCGAGUGUUUAAGGAUAAACUCCCAGGAGUUCAGUAUGAAAACUUAGCCCAGGGUAUUGCGGAGGCCUUACAAGGCCUUGACCCGAGGUCAUGGUGGCAAAGCAUUACCCACGCUCUUGGUAGUGCUGGUAUGGCCUUAUUGUUCAUGUUCAUUCUAUUGGCUAUAGGAUCCAGCCUCUUUCGGAAAAGACUAGCUAAUACUGAGUCCCUGACCCAUCAGAAUUAUUAUGAUCUUUGGCGUUUUGUAAAUAGAAAAGGGGGAGAUGUUGGAAUAUAG